AUGCAGCUCUUCCUCCUCCUCCUCCUCUUCCUGCUGUCUCACCUUGCCAUGGUUACAGCGGUGGCCGGUUGCCAAAGCGACAGCGACAAGGACCACCGGCCAAGGGAGAACUGCACGGAGGCCGGCUUCGACGGCAUCCCGGCAGGAUUCGCGCCCGCGACCAAGGUCCUGUUGUUCCCCAGGAACCUUUUCACCAGUCUGCCCUGGUCCUCCUUCCAGAUUUUGACAGAGAUCUAUGAGAUUGACCUCACAGGCAACAAGGUCCCGGAGGUGACCCCCAGCGUCACUUCGAUCCUGCCCACCCUCAGUGUUCUCCGACUGGGGUCAAACAUUCUGACGUCCCUCUCCGACGACUCCUUCUCCGCCUGUCCAGCUCUGACCGAACUCUACCUGGAGAACAACAACAUCAACUCUCUGAGCGAUCAUACCUUUUCUGGACUCAGCAAACUGGAGAUCCUGGACCUGUCGUACAAUCAUAUUAAAGUGCUUCCCGAGCUCAUGCUCCACCCCCUUCCAGCUAUAGAAACCCUCUACCUGGAGAGUAACAAGAUCAAAGUGAUGCCAGAUGAAUGGUUCGGGACGAAGGAGGAGGUGCCGUACCUCUACCUCUCAGCCAAUCCCUGGGCCUGCUCCUGUUCCCUUGAUUACUUGCGCACAUAUCUCGAGAACUACGAAAUCAACGUCUACGUCCGGGAUGGCCCGCUCAUCAAGAAUGACGUGGAGAGUGUGGUGUGUGACUCUCCGUGGCUGCUUAAGGGUAAACCUGUGAUGAGUCUGGGAGAAUCGGACCUGUGUCCACCUGCAAAAGAACCAGGUCCAGACGGUGACUUCGAUCAGCCACCAAUUACUGAAUCUCCUUCCACCACAGCUGCUACUUCUAUCCCAACUAUUGCAAACAUUCCUCCUACUACUCCUCCUCCUACUACUCCUCCUGCUACUACUCCUCCUCCUACUACUCCUCCUGCUACUACUCCUCCUCCUACUACUACUCCUCCUACCAUUGCUAUUACUGCUGCUGCUACUGUUGCUCCCAGUGUGGUCACAUUACAACUCCACACUGAAGUCCAGAGUGUAUUCACAUGGUCCUGGUCCCAAACCAUGACCAGAUUCAUUGAAGGGUCAGGCCAUCCGGGGGCGAAGAGGUCAUCGGUUCCGACACGUACCUCGGUUACUCAUCCCUCUUUUCCUGCCGUCAGACCAACUCUUGAAAGCCUUGCUAACAUGACGACCGCUGCGCCCACAAAACCUGGGACAACCGAAUCCGUUCCUUCAACUGUAACAACACCGAAACUCCAGGAAGUCACAACGCCGGCCACCGCUGAGGUAACACCCGUGCCAAUCCCCUCAUGGGUGAUCAACGGAGCGGUCAGCGGCCAGCAACAUGGUAAAAGCGGCGCCGUCGGAGCCGCAGGCGUGUUCUGUUUUUGGCUCUUUGCAGCGUGCGUGCUGCUGUGUGUGGCGUCGCUGGCGUGCAUAUUGGCCACUCUGGCGAGGCUAGUGGUCUGGUACAGGAGGGUGUACAAGCCUUUGAGUGUGGCGCUGGCAAGGAGGGGAGGAGGCAGUGAGGCUAUGAGGAUGUUAACCUACAGCAAGAGGGAAGAGAAGGAGGUGGCAGGAGGAGGAGGAGUGAUGGCGCUGUAUCGCUCUGUUCUGUUCAUCCACAGAGAGGGAGGGGAACGUAUGGAGAGGGAAGGAGAGGGGGCAGGAGAAGGAGGGAAAGAAAGACUUCUUGUCACUCUGGAGCCCACAGGAACAGGAGAAGUGAAGAGAGAAGCCGAAGGAGAGAGGGGAGGCAGGGAGGAGAGAGGAGUGUACAGGAAGACGCUGUACCGUCUGUUAAGCAAAGAGGAGGAGAUAGAGGGAUGGAGGGAUGUGAUGGAGGAGUGUCGGGUCUCUGCAGAAGACGUAGGGGGGAAGGGCGGAGGUGGAGGAGUUUCCAGGAAGCGCUACAGUGUGAUUCUGAGGGAGGAAAGGGGGGAGGCAGGGCAAGGGAGGGAGGAGCUGGACUGGGUGGUGGGGGGGUGGGAGGUAAAAAGAGGAGGCGGAGAAGAGGUGGGGAGAGGGGAGGAGCCCAGGAGCAGCUGGGGGGAGUGGCUGGCACACUACCUACCCAGCAUGCCCUGGGGGGUGACCAUGCCUCCCGAGGGGGAGGCAGCUCAGUGAUGUCAGUGCUAGCCUGGUGGUUGAAUUAGCCUCUGUUGCGUUAUGUAUUCGCAGCAGGUCGUCACCAAGUGAGAACACGAGCCGGAUGGAGUGUAUCAGUUUCAACGCUGGAUUUUAUUUCGGCUGACCUGUCUGUGGUUCUUUUCUUCUCCGUCAGAAAUUCCCAAGCUCUCCAACUCGGAAUUCCAAGUCCGAGGCCGAUGACAAGCUUUUUCCCCACUCGGCUGCUCGUAAGCACGAUCGUCAUAACUUGGCUUCCCCACGUCCCGUGAG